AUGUCGUUGAGCCCCAAGCACACGACGCCCUUCUCCGUGUCCGACAUCCUGAGCCCCAUCGAGGAGACCUACAAGAAGUUCGGCGGCGCCAUGGACGGCGCGCCACCCGGCCUGGGGGCGCCCCUGGGGGCCGCGGCGGCGGCCGCCGCCGCCUACCGCGCGCCUCCGCUCGGCCCCUCCUCGCAGGCGGCGGCGGUGGCGGGCAUGCAGCCGCCGCACGCCAUGGCGGGCCACAACGCGGCGGCGGCGGCGGCGGCGGCGGCGGCGGCGGCCGCGGCGGCCGCUACCUACCACAUGCCGCCGGGCGUCUCGCAGUUCCCUCACGGCGCCAUGGGCGGCUACUGCAACGGCGGCCUGGGCAACGUGGGCGAGCUGCCCGCCUACACGGACGGCAUGCGGGGCGGCGCGGCCGCCGCGGCCACCGGCUGGUACGGCGCCAACCCGGACCCGCGCUACUCGUCAAUCUCCAGGUUCAUGGGGCCAUCGGCGGGCGUGAACGUGGCCGGCAUGGGGUCGCUGACGGGCAUCGCAGACGCCGCCAAGACCCUGGCGCCUUUGCACGCGGCGGCGGCGGCGGCGCCGCGAAGGAAGCGCCGCGUGCUCUUCUCGCAAGCGCAGGUCUACGAGUUGGAGCGGCGCUUCAAGCAGCAGAAGUACCUGUCGGCGCCCGAGCGUGAGCACCUGGCCAGCAUGAUCCACCUGACGCCCACGCAGGUCAAGAUUUGGUUCCAGAACCACCGCUACAAGAUGAAGCGGCAGGCCAAGGACAAGGCGGCGCAGCAGCUGCAGCAGGAGGGCGGCUUGGGGCCGCCGCCGCCGCCGCCGCCGUCCCCGCGCCGUGUGGCGGUGCCCGUGCUGGUCAAGGACGGCAAGCCGUGCCAGAACGGUGCCGGCACGCCGACCCCCGGCCAGGCAGGGCCGCAGCCGCCGGCCCCGACGCCGGCGCCCGAGCUCGAAGAGCUGUCGCCCAGCCCGCCAGCGCUGCACGGCCCAGGGGGCGGUCUGGCGACCCUGGACGCGGCGGCUGGGGACUACGGCGGCGGCGUGCUCGGCGCCAACCUGCUCUAUGGCAGGACGUGGUGA